AUGGAUAUAAAACAGGAACGCGAAGCGAUUGUUAAAACCGUAUUAAGGAAUGAGUGCGACAACUAUUUAUACGAGUACCUAAUACAACGAGAAGAACAAGCUUCAUUCACUGAAGACAUGCGGUCUGAACAUGAUGGCUACAUAGCUGAAUUACGCAAAUUAAUAAAUGACUCUGAGCUUGGAGAUAAAGCGAAGAUCGCCUGGGACACGUUUGAGGCAUAUGGAAAAAAGGCUCAAGUUGUUUUCAACUUCUGGGAUGAGAUUCAAAAAUUUAGAGAGGAAGAAACUGCGCUUACUCAGUACGCAAGAGCACAAGAAGAAUCAAGUGAAGGUGUAUCUUUACCAGUACGUCGUAAGCGAGAAUAUAAAAAUUGUGAUACAAAUGUAAAAAAAAUCAGAGUAGAUGGUCAGGAUUCACAAUUAGACGAUGACAGCGAGCUCACUUCCGCUUUUGAAGAUGAGACUAAUUGCACAACAAUUGGUCCUAGUAUAUCAACAAACGAUAAUAAUAAUAAAUCAUCCGAGUUGAUUCCCUAUUCAGAUAAUCAAGAUUUUGAAGACGAUCUUGAAGAAAUUGAUUUGGAUUUAGCGAAGCUUUCAAAGGAACUAGAAUGUGAGCCCACUGUUAAAUGGGCAGUUGGUUGCAUUAAUGUUUCUGAUAGAUUUAGGCAAUAUCAAAAAGAAGUUUUCAAAAAAGCGGUCAGGCGAAGUUUAAAACACGCAAAUAUAUAUGAGAUUUUAGCUUUAUCAUCUAUAUUAGUGUUAUGCUGGCCAUGCCCCUAUCCAAUCUUCACAAACAGAGAAUGGAGGGAGAUAAUGAGCACCAACCCUUAUGCUAUGAACAAGCCACCACUUCCGCAAGAAAUUUCAUCUUCUCUCCGUGAAGCUGCUAGCAGACGUUUGAGUCGUGGGGAUGUCUUUAUGGAGUGCGGAAACUCAGAUUUAAAUAGAUUAGUCGCGCUCAUGUUUAAUAACUUAUACUACGGUAUUCCAGAGGUUGUACCACCGAAAUUAUCUGAGGAAGAGCACUGUGAUAUGUUCAUAUACCCGAUCGCUCGCUCUUUCCGUAGAUCUGAAAAAGAGUAUGAACUUAGGCUAAACCGCACCACUACAGGAUCAAAAUCAAGACCCGACUUAUCGUGUGUUGUUAAUGACAUAUCAAUUUUAAAUUCAGAAUUUAAGCCCCUUGGGUGCACGCCAUUACAAGAGAAAAAAGACAGACUAAAAGCUCAUCUAAAAUCUCGCAAGUCAAUUAAUCAACAGUUAGAAAGAAAAGGUGGUCCGGCAGAAAGUGUCAUAUUUCUAAAUAUUG